AUGAGUCCACAGAAGCCGGCCAACGGCCUAAAGCGAUCGGCGCCUAGCUCGUCGGCCGCCACUCCAGCUGGAGGAAAUGCAGGCAAGUCUGAUGGUGCACCCGCAAAGCGACAAAAGCGCGACGGAAACACAACCGACAAAGAUCACGAUGCGAAUCCGACACCCGCCGCCCGUGCCGCCAAAGCAGCAUCGCAAUCCACCGGUAGCCACAUGAUGACGCAAAUCACGUACGGAAUCGAAUAUCUGAAGAGCAAGGCAACGCCCAAGACCCUACAAGAGCUUCUCGACCAUUUGACAUUGCAUCAACUCGAUGAGAGUAUGCAGUAUGCCUUCGCCAUGGCCAUGCAGAAACAUUCGCGUAUUCAGUACAACCCGCCUCCUAAGUCGAAGGUGAACGCUGACGCCAAAGUACCCGCCUGGCGCCUGGGCACGUACGAAUUCCGACCUCUACUCCCGGGCGUCAACACCAAAGUCGCGCUGCUCGAUUAUCUACAACACAAGAAAGACUCUGGGGCCAUCGAGUUGAAGACGAUCAAAGAUGGCUGGCCCAACUGCGAAGCGGCGAUCGAUGAGUUAGAACGCGAACACCUGAUUCUUUGUGUGCGCACGAAAAAAGAGAAUGCUGCCAAGUUUAUAUUCCGCGACAACCCUGAAUUGCACAACGAGGUCGAUCCCGAGUUCAAGGCGAUGUGGUUCAAGGAGAAGCUACCCCCCGCUGAUGAGAUGCCUCGCAAGCUUAAGGCGCUUGGUCAGAAGGCUACCAGUGAUGGGUCGAAGCUCGCGAACAAUGUCCAGAAGGCUGCGCCGAAGCGGAAGAAGGCUUCUCGCGUCCAGAAGAAGUUCGAGAACGAGCACAUGCGAAACAUUUUCGAGCAGCUCAAGCGCAAGUAA